ACCUAACCCUCUCUCUUUCUCUCUAUUUCUUUUAGCUCCCCAUUUACAAGUUAUUACAUGCAUGAAGCAAUUCAUAUAUCCUUUUCAUGCCUCAUCAUCAUCAUCAUCUUGUAUGCAACUGCAAUUGCAUGAUGUAAACUUGUUAGCUUUCUUACUUUACCAUACACACACAAAACAGUCUCUCUCUCUCUCUCUCUAUCUAUAUGUAUAGAAAGUACAGGUUCUUUCUUGUUCUGAUGCACUCAAGGGUAAAAUAUUAGUAUCUAAUUGCAGCUUUUUGGCAUAUCCUAUUAAGUCGAUAACAGCUAGUUGCUGCUAUGUUUGGAAUAAGCUACUUUGAACUUCCACAAGCAUAUGAUUAAGGAUAUAUAAGUUGAAAAGCUUUGGAAGCCAUUUGAGCAACGCCUGCCAUGAACAAGCAUGAAAUGGAAUCUUCAUGUUCAUAGGGUAAAAGACAUAUUAUUACAGGCUAAAGGGUCUUGUAGGGUUGUAAACAGGGAACUGGUGAAGUUGAUGGGACCCUUUGUGUUGAAUAAAAGUUAAGUGUUGUAAAGGGAAAAAUUAAUCAGAAGAAACAUGAAGUUUAUGAAAAUUGGGACAAAACCAGACACCUUCUACACAGAAGAGGCUACCAGGACUGUGAUUUCUGACAUACCAAGUGAUCUUACAAUAAGGAUUAACAAUGUUUGUUUUCUUCUACAUAAGCUGCAGAUUCCACUUGUUCCGAAGUGUGGUCUCUUACAACGGCUCUGUUCCGACGCUGAUGAUUCCGACAUUGUUACGAUCGAUCUUCACGAUGUUCCGGGGGGAGAAGAUGCUUUCGAACUCUGUGCUAAAUUUUGCUAUGGGAUAACGAUCAAUCUCGGUGCACAUAACUUUGUUCCUGCAUUUUGUGCUGCUAAGUUCCUUAGAAUGACUGAAUCUAUUGAGAAAGGGAAUUUUGUUCUGAAACUUGAAGCUUUCUUCAAUUCAUGCAUUCUUGAAGGUUGGAAAGACUCCAUCGUCGCACUUCAAACCACGAUCAAGUUACCUGAAUGGUCUGAAAACCUUGGAAUCAUUAGAAGGUGCAUUGAUUCUAUUGUAGAGAAAAUCUUGACACCAACAUCAAAGGUUUCAUGGUCCUAUACUUAUACUAGACCAGGGUACAUAAAAAAACAACACCAGUCUGUUCCGAAAGAUUGGUGGACCGAAGAUGUAUCGGAUCUCGAUAUAGACCUUUUCCGAUGCAUAAUAACAGCGGUAAGAUCAACAUAUAUACCACCGCCACAGCUCAUUGGUGAAGCUUUGCAUGUGUAUGCAUGUCGUUGGCUACCGGACACUACAAAGUCUAGACCUCUCCAUAGUUCAGGGUCACAAACCGAAGAAUCCAGGGAAAAAAGUAGACGGAUCCUCGAAUCUAUCGUGAGCAUGAUUCCGUCUGAUCGAGGCUCGGUUUCGAUAGGUUUCUUGUUAAAGCUUCUUAGCAUUGCAAAUUAUUUAGGAGCAUCCCCUGUGACAAAGACUGAACUGAUAAGGAAAGCUGGCCUGCAAUUUGAGGAAGCAACACUUAAUGAUAUGUUGUUUCCUUCACAGUUGCCCACUGAUCAACACUUUUAUGAUAUUGAUUUGGUUGCGGCUGUAUUGGAAAGUUAUUUGGUGUUAUGGAGAAGACAAUCCCCUUUGCCUACAGAAAAUAGCCACAUGGUUAGAUCGAUUAGAAAGAUUGGGAAGCUUAUUGAUUCGUAUCUUCAAGUUGUUGCAAGGGAUGUGAAUAUGCCAAUAUCAAAACUAGUUUCUUUAGCUGAAGCAUUGCCAGAUGCUGCUAGGGAAGAUCAUGAUGGUCUUUAUAAAGCCAUUAAUAUUUAUCUCAAGGAGCACCCGGACGUAAGUAAAGCAGACAAGAAAAGGAUGUGCCGAAUGCUGGACUGCCAGAAACUGUCCCCAGAGGUACGUGCUCAUGCGGUGAAGAACGAGCGGCUACCACUGAGAACAGUGGUCCAAGUCCUGUUUUUCGACCAAGAGAGUGGUUCCAGGUCCACAACUCAUAAACCAGAGUCAAUCACCAGAGCAAGACAAGCACCAAUUGAAGCAGAAGCCAAAGAAGAGUGUGACAAAAAGGUGCAACAUGAAGUGACAAAGAGUAGCAGCAGGGUGACUGAAACCAGUGAAAGAGAAAUUCAGAAGAGAAUGGAAGCCAAAAUGGUGAGAGGAGAUUCAGAGAAAGGCAAAGAAAGGAAAGGGGAAACCAAUUCAACUGCCAAAAUGAUGGAACCUAAACAGGUAUUUCAAAGGAGAAGUAGUAGAUGAAGAAUUAUUGAUUUGAAAGAUAUAAUAUAUAUAGUGUUGAAUAAUUGUCUUUGUUAUUGUGUUUUUCAUGUACACUUUUUUUUUUUUGCAUACAUAUGAUAUUAAAUUGCAGCAAGCAAUGCACCAUUUGUAAUAGCUUAGGAAAGAGAUUUCUUUUAAGCUGUAAAGACCAAUAAAUUAUAAGCUUAGCCUUCCAUCCAUCCUUAGUAUUUUAUUUAUUAUGCGUUUAAUACAAUAAAAAGGUUUGUAUUUGAAUUGA